AUGGACAAGGACGAGAAAGUCGGAGAGAUGACCAAGGACUGGGGAGGCAGCUCCAGCACCAACAUCUCUGCAUAUGGAAAUCCUGGGACAACGGAGGUAAAGUCGCAGCGAGCGCCCAAGCGGAAAAUGGGGGACACGGAGAUUGCAACCCUUACCAAGGAUGAUCGUGUUGAAUUGGCGGGAAAGGAAAUUGAUGCCGCAUGUGCGCAGUUCGAGGCAAAGAUGAGUGGCCGCGGUUAUCGGCCCAUCGUCGACCAAAGUGGUUUCGUGUACCUCUUAACACUGGUAAGGAAGGAUAUAUUGAAGAAUCGGCUUGAAAAACAUCACAUCAAGGUGCGCUAUGCACCUCACUUCUCUUCCCAGCACGACAAUCAGUACUCGAUGAAUUAUCGACCCAACGAGGCGAAGCGUCCAUCGUCUGAAAAAGGUGUGGUCCCGGGGCGGUGUCUAAGCUGCUCACCCGCUAAUGGAACGAAAGACAGGGUUUUCAGGGUUUCUGGAGACCCUGGAGCAAACUCGACACUUCCUCCGUGCCCAGUGCCGAUGUACUUCUUUCCCAAGCCCUACCCAUUUUCUCGGAAUCCCGUAAUUGAAAGUUCGCUGCCUCGACACCUCAGACCCUCCAACCCCAAACUUCGCGCGCGCAUCCCCGAUCCUUGGGCCUUUAGCCUGCAGCUUUUCGAGACAGACCCAGCAUCGACUUGCGGCAGAUCCAUAGGGCAUAGCCGUCGAGGACUGAAGUCGUAUGCAUGCUACUCCAUCGAUACGCGGUCGGGAAUGAUCCACAUCCAAUCUCUGGCUCCGGCCGGCAGCUCGUUUGACCUGGCUUGGGAUAUGUUCUGCAACUUCUUCAGCAGGAGGGUGGGUGUCGACUGGAAAGAUAUACAUGGAGAGUGGAAGAAAGGCAUCCCCUGCGAACGACUUUUAAGCGAGAAACCGCAUGGUGAAGACGGAGCAGAUGAUGGUGGAUGUUUCGGUAUCUCAAGGACAAGGCAACUGCAGGGCCGUAAUGGAGAAGUUUACACAGUGUUCGACUCCGUUGAAGCCAGGAGUAGAAAGCCCAGCGUGACGGUGCUGAUGAAUAGGCAUGAGCAUGUUGCGGAGGACCGAUUGGAUGUCCGGGCGAAGACUCCAGAGAGAGGAUGGUGA